AUGGAAAGAUUGUCAGAAAACAAGGGCGCGUUCGCGAUCAUCUACUCGUCUUAUUUAUUUGGUUGUAUGCACUCAGUCAUCAAGCCUAAACUGCACCUUUUUACAAGUCAGACAUCGAGGAAAAAGUUAACAAUGACUUGUUUUCCAUGUGGCAAAAUCUAUAGCAUUCGUUGUCGCGCGGUGACAUUGUUCCUCUCUGUGGCAUUUACGUUGUUUGUGACUCUAUUUUAUGGUGAGAGUAUUUUAAAGACAUUAUAUUUGGUACCAGGAUCGCAAUCAACAUCAGCUAUUUAUGGAAUUAUGUUUGAUGCGGGUAGCACAGGUAGCAGAAUUCACGUUUUUACAUUCGUCCGGACGGGAGGUAAGCCUGCCUUCACUGUUGUAGUCACUUAUACACCUCGUGGCUUUAUUGGGCAUAAAAAAAAACAUUGACAGCUCUAUUCCUUAUCUAUUCGGGGAAAUUCUCCAGGGAUCUUCCGAAGGGACGUAGAAAUCAGCAACAGGCCAGCCUUCGACUCCACAUUCCUUGACUAUCUGGGAACGUUUCGUUUUUCCCUCCCCUAGCUAGCCUGUGAACAGGCUCUCUGUUUGGGGAAAAAUAGCGAGGAAAGGGAAGGGAAAGGGGGGAGAGAGCCUGUAGACAAACAUUUGAGGCCGCUAUUCCGCCCUCUUGUAAUUAUCCUGCCGAUCAUCUGUCAGUAAGAUCGUUAUCGGUCAAUCAAUUUCGCGCGUGAGUAACUCCUGGGAAAAUUAACAGGAAAUGAGUGGUGUGUUGCUCCGUCUGAAAACAGAGUGAAAUGGAGCAUGAACGUCAUUGUUGAUUUUGCAAAAAGUCGUUGAUCUCCGGUAAGAGGAUUUAAAACAAGCCGUUCGUCUUGCUAGUUCGGUUUGUAAUUUAACAAGCCGCUGCAAUGAGCGAACUUGGAAUGCGGAAGGUACAGAUACUAUCAUGACUUCUCCAGAAAGUGAAGCUUCGAAGAUAAGUACAAAGAGAUCAGCAGCGCUUCUAUCGCCGUCAGGAAUUACAUGGUAGGCCGACACGACUUUUACUUUAUGCCAAAAUGCUGCUUGUUCCCAUAAGUUUUUUCCUCUGCAGGGUAGAUUAUUCUCUGGAAGGUUCUACAUUUUCACUGAGCAAAUGUGAUUUUAGCCGCUUGUUUCACACUGAGAGGUCGCACACAUAUCGAUUUACUGUGGUUUUUGUUUCUGGUCGACAGGAUUUGUCCUCUGAUGCAAGAGCAUUUCCUUUUUUUGCGGCUGAAUAAGGGUCUUACUUUUCUCCAAAGUGCCUUCUCGAUCUGAAUAACUAAGCGAUUUUCUUUAGUCCGUGAAUGUAAUGAUUUUCUGCAAUGUUGUAUUCUGACGCUGGGCCCAGUUCGUCAGUGUUUAAAAAUUAUCAAGGAUGGUUAUUUACAGAUCCAAAAUUAUAAGAUUGAAAUGCAGCUUAAACCGAAGCUACAUCAACUAUGGAGAAUUGCAUUGUUCUUCGUUAACUAUAAACUCCAGCUUAGUGUUUUUGUAAAGACAGUUUGAGUCUUUUGACCGGAGCGCGUAGUUCCUCCCCGUGGUAAUAGUCUUUGGACUGUUUUGUUAAUUGCCACUCUGUGAUCAAAUCGCGUGCUACGUGCCGACCGAAAAGCCGAUGUCAAUCAGACCUGUCAACAGUCAGUGUUCUCGCCAAUAGGAACUUGCAUCAGGAUCUGAUGCACAGCGGGUGCCGUGGAACGGCGGCCCCAAAGGUCUGUCCACAGGCCUUUUCGCUUUUCCCUCUCCCCACGCCGCUCGACUUAAGGCCUGUUCACAGGCUAUCCCCUAGCAUGAGAAAACAGCCGACAUUUGGCGACGCUACCACUGGUUUCCCCACCAAAUGACGUCUGAGAAACGAGCGUAGAAAUUCCAUACUGAUGACCCGUCACUACACAGAUCUCAGUAGUGCUUCUGAUUGGUCCUGCUGCGUGGGAAAUUUGAUUCAACCAAUCAGAAGCGCCACGCAGAUCUGGGUAGUGACACCUAACCAGUAUGGAAUUUCUGCACUCGUUUCUCAGAUGUCAUUUGGCGGGGAAACCAAUGGUAGCGUCACGAAAUGUCUGCUGUUUUCUCAGGCUACCCUUGUCGGGAAACGUCCCCAGAGCGGCAAGGAGGAGGAGCAGCUGCUCAGAGGCCAAGGGUUGCUGUUCUUUGGAACAUUGAUUGUAUCGAAUUACUACACAAACGGAUUUAAGUUGAAUGCUGUCAGUUGAAACAAAGUCAAUGUUCAAAUUUUCUCUGAAAGUGAGAAAAGAAUUUUUUUUAUUGUUUUAAUGAUAUCAGCUGUGGAAAAUGGCGCCGAUUUACCCAGGGACUGAUGAUUUAUAAAAGGCUGAAAAUUGGCCUAAAUUAGUUUCAUCCUUUGUCUUUUUAUUAUAUCUCCUGUUAUUCCAUAGUCAUUACCUUAAGCUGUUUUCCAGACGUUUGGAUAAUAUUUUACCAGGUUUAUAGGACAGAAUGACGGUUUGCUCAAUUCAACAGUAUAAAAACAAAGGCCAGUGUAUGCAAAGCACACAAUGUCAACUCACAACAUGUUGUAAGAUUCCUUGGUAAUUUAAUUGCCAGUGGAGACUGUGGAUGAGAUGAUCCAAUAUCUGUAUCUGUAUAAUAUGUCAAUUGACUGACUGGCUUGAGGUUCCUUUGGCCUCUUUUAAUAAUUUAUUCCUAAUUGACAGCUGUCUUGUUUUGUGUAAAGGAAGGCAGUUGAAGCUCACAAAGGAAUACUUUUAUCAAGUAAAACCAGGUCUUUCGGCAUAUGCUAGUGAUCCCAAACAGGUUAGUAAGAAAUGUCGAUAAUCAGAAGUUAUGUUAUGACCAGCUCCCAGUUGGCUUGAUUAGAACGCUGCCUGGGUAUCUCAGAAGUCAGGGUUCAAAUCCUGGCAAGCUUGAAUUUUGUCAGCCUUUUUUUCACAACUAUAUUAUAUACUGAUCCAAACAUGUAAGUUGCGUCUUUAGCUGUGAUGAUCUUCUUUGCAUUUAUUCCAAAUCACUAUUGUUAGUGUGUAACCCUAAUCGCUAUUUCCGGUACUUAACCCUGACCUGACCCCUAACUUGACAUUGUGACUCAUUUACUCGUCUGGCUCAUAAAACAAGCUUUCUCUGUAUUAUUGUUAUAUUUAUUUUGCCUACGUUCUCUCGUCUUUUCUUUAGAAAUAAAAGACAGUUACAUGUAUCCAGAUUAUAAGUUGAAUGCUGUCAUUGAAUCUUAACCCUUUGAGUCCCAAUGGUGACCAAGAUCAAUUUUCUCCUAACAAUCUCCAUAUGCUGUCAAGAGAGAAGUCAUGAGAAUUAAUAAAAUGAUCACCCAAGAGAAAAGGCCUUGAUCUUACAUUAAAUUCUCUCCACUAAUUCUUAAAGGAAAUGUAUGGAGAUCAGUUUGGAGAAUUUGUAUGUUGAUAUUGGGACUUAAAGGGUUAAGGGGUUGAUAUUUUUUUAUUUGCACUUGUAGCUUGACUUUGUGCUUAACCAAAGAAUCUGUAGUUUAAAAGACAAACGCUGAGUAAGGAAUAAGAGAUUUUUAAGCUAUCAGAAAUCAAACAAUUUUGAAAUCAUUUUAUUCUAAAUUUCAUCGAAAUCUAGUGACAAAACAUUCACCAAAUUAUGUUUUGUCAUAUUUGUCUGACUAUUCAACUUUGUAGGGGGCUCAUUCAAUAGAGAAAUUACUUCAGAAGUCAAAAGAAAUCAUACCUAAGGAGAGAUGGGAAUCUACUCCUGUCUCUCUGAAAGCCACUGCUGGUCUUAGAAUGCUGCCAUCAAACUCUUCUGAGCAAUUACUUAGUGAGGUAUGAGUGGCUUUCAUUCCUUUAAGACAUCAAGGUUAAGCUAGGCUCUGCCCCGAGGUCCAACCACUUAACCUUUUAUGUACCAUGUUUUACAGAAAAGGUACCCCUUUCAACUCAUAUACCUUUUUCUUGACAGAGGUUACCCAUUUCACAUACUAAUAAUGCCCCUUUCGAUUCAUAUACCUUUUUUUUGACAAAGGGUACCCCUUUCACAUACUAAUUAGAAUGUUGCAUCCCAUUUAACUGCUGUAAAUUCAUUGCAUGUGGAUAAAUCAGUAAACAAGAUAGUUUUCUUGUCUUUUUUCACAGCCAUAAAAUGUCCGUAAUAGCCCAUUUAGGUCCUUUCACAGAUCACUAUGAUGAAUUUCCCUACCCUUUCAUAUACUUCAACUAGAGAAACCCGAACCCUUUCUAUAUCUGAAGCCUGAAAAUGGUACCCAUUGCGGGUGGAGCCUUCCCGUCUAGGCCAUUAUAGGGAGUGUACCUCCCCUGGCUCUCCCUGCACCCCCCUUCCCCCCACCCCGGCUCACCCCCUGUUGUUGUAUAACAAUAUUUUAUGUGAAAAGGUGUCAAACAAAAGAAAAGGAAAUCUUGGCUCCCUGAUGAUAUUUCAUCAAAAGAUUCAAGUGUUCAGAAGACAAAUAACCUCAUUAUGUCGUAAGUGACAGCCAAGUGAAUUUAUCAGUCUGCAUUAAUUUACACUUUGUCUACGUAUGUUUUAUACUGUUUGCUUUCAGGUUGGUAGGUUAUUUACAGAUUCACCAUUUUUUCUUCCUGGCCAAAGCGCAGUCAGCAUUAUGGAUGGUCCAGAUGAGGGACUAUUUGCCUGGAUUACUGUCAAUUUUUUAUUAGGUUAAUGUCACAUACAGUCUCUCUCUCAGCUGUUUUUAGUGUCAUCACAUAAUGCUCCUCUCCACAGAGUGCAGGGAAAAGCGUUGUGUGACGAUACUUAAAAACAGCUGCUCACAUAAUAUUAUUAUUAUUAGUCAUGUCCAGCAAUGUGAAGCUCUAUUUAAAGUGUGACUUAUUCUCUGUGAUGAAAAGCUCUCAUAAGGCCAGGGACCACUCCCGGAAGCAACUGCGAUACAUAAACAGUGUACGCCAAUCUUUCAUAAGUGAUGGCCCUUAAUAUGUUUGUGACAUGGGUGCUUAUUUGGAUGGCCAGCUCUAGUAGGGAACACUUUCAUGAUCUCCCGAGGUGCGCGUGGUCAUUCAUGAGAGCUUCGACUAUAUUUAUGGUUUUUUUUACUGUUUAUAACCAAAGGUUAGGGAAUGUGGGCAAGUUUCAAAAUGCUGGGGCUAAUUUGCAUACAUUUUUAGUGAUAGAAGUGAAAUGUGCGUGAUCAGAUUGGUGGUAGGAGGUACAAAUAUGCUUGAUCAGACUAUGAUCUAUGCAUUCCAUUAUUUCAUUAGUAGUAGAAGUCGCGUCAAAAUUAAUGCUUGUUACAUUAGUGCUAAGCAUGCAUAAUAGCAACCUGGAUGUUAUGAUAGCAGGCUCCUCUUGUCGCUCACAACAAACAUUUAUGUGCUGUUUCUAUCAACAGGAGGCCUAACAAGGGACAGUUCAGGGAUGUUUGGUACACUAGACCUCGGUGGAGGAUCAACGCAAAUCACCCUCAAUCCAGUUGAUCCGGUUUGUAUUUAAUUACUCUAAGAGUACAUGUAAAUGUCAAGAUUUUUCAAAAUAUUUAUGCUAACCCUUUCCCUAAUCUUCGUCUGGUUUUACUUGGAGAGAACAGCUUCCUUGUAGUUGCAUGAUAGCAUUUUCACGUAGCAGUUUAUUUAGAGAUGAUUUUGGCAUGAAUCUGGACCAAAAUUAACUUCUACUUACCAUGGCCAGCAAAAAGUGCAAACUAAAAAAUGGCAGUUUUAUCAUCUAAUGACACGUGUCUUUCUUUUCUCAGAUUUGCCCCUCUCAGUAAUAUAUUGGCCCCUGUUGUUCUUUCCCAAGCCAAAAAACCAUAUACAUAUGUACACACAAUCCAAAAUGUCAAGCUCCUUGAUCCUCACCUCCAGAAAACACUUUUGGUAAUGCAUACAAUUGCCUAGAAAUUUACAUUAUUCAUUCUUUCUUUAAAGGAAACUUUAAGAGAUUCACCAGAGGGUUUCUCUAGACAUUUAAACAUUGCUGGCAGGCAAUUUACACUUUAUACACACAGGUAAUAUUACUUAUCCAUGAUGUUAUAAUUAUAUCAUGUAAAUGAGAAAUCAAAAUUAAAUACCAGUAUAUGUACAUGCCUUGGUGGGAUAAGGUGGGGUACGGCCUUGUAUAAGCUGUAAAUUACAAGUGGUACCAAGGGGUAUGAAUCCCUUUGGUGUGGAAAUUAGUGAAGAUUUUAAUGUUCUUGUCUUGUUUUUAUUGCAUGUCACAACAUUAAGAAAAACAAAUUAUUCAUAUCAAAUUUUCUAGUUGUAAUAUGAUAAUAUAAGGAAAUGCUCCUUAAUUUCCAAGAGUUCAAAAGACAAAAAAAAACAAACAAACACAUAAAUUACCAAAAUGACAUCCAGCUAAAGAAAUGUUAAAGAGUUUUCGCCUGAUACUGCAGAUUCUAUUGCAGAGGUUUAAAUCAUAAAUCCAUGACUUAUAUCAUAUAUGUUUCUUAGAAUAUUUGUUUUAACAUUCAGUUAUUUAGGUCUUGGGCUAAUGGCUGCAAGGACAUCUAUACUUCAAUUAGGAAAUAAUGGAAGGGAUUGUAAGUGUUUAUAUUAUUGCAGGGUUUCCAUUAAGAAUGACCUAGUAGCAGGAGAAAGGUGUGACGUUACAGGAGAAUAUUUUGAAAGACCGAGGCUUCACUUCUGAAUAAAAAAUAGUUGUAAGCUACUGAACAUUCGUAGGAGAAUUCUUGGUAGUAAACAGAGAAUUCUCCAAUCUCCGAUGCCCAAUGGACACCCUGUUAUUGUUUAUUUCUUUAAAUCAGGUUUAUUGUUGAUGUGUUUCAGAGCCACCUUAGUUUUCUUCAAGUAAGGGUGGCUCUUAACUUCACAAAAACAUGCAUUUACUGCCAAUUAAAUUUGUCAUCAAAUGAUCUGUUUAAAUUUUUAUGUGUAAUCUAUCAUUCCUGUUAAUGGUCUCUGACACCUAUAUGUAAUGUGCCGAAACCAUUUUUUAAGUGGGCUCCCUGUAAUUCCCAAUACCCACAUACAAUUUCUAUGCUGUUCUUUGCUUUCUUCUCUACUAGCAAAUGGUGAAGACAUGAAAUUGAGUCCUUGUAUACAUAGCAGUUAUAGUGAAAUGUGGAAAUUUGGAGGCAAAAGCAUCUCCAUAGGGUAAGAGUGUUGUUAAUCAAUCUGCUAUUUAGGGCCACGAUCAUUUUUGAUUAUCAUCACAAAGUGUCCACACAAUACUCAAAUACCCUUAAAAAAUGCCACAGAUGGAAGCAAAAUUACCACUAAAUGUCGCCCUUCGAAUUCAAGGACUGUAUAAGAAUAAGAAAAAACUUGGUACUACUUGGUAUUCUAGUACACCAUCCAAACAAUUUUACCGCCAUCAGCUGUUUUUUUAAGAAGUUGUAAUAUUAGAUAUCACUAUUUAGGGUUGAUUUCCACUGUCAAGUAAUUUUUACAGGCAUACGGGCAUAAAAUUUACGUUCGCAAAUAAAAUAGAGGCAAUGCAUGAAAGGUCGCUCAUAAACGUUAAAGUUGAACAUCGCUCAACUUCUCGUUUAAGCUCAGCGCUUUUUAUCUUGCCUCUAUUUUAUUUAUGUGAUUAAAAUCUACAUAUGUUAGCAUGCGUAGCCAAAAAUACGUCAGUGGAAAUCAACCUUUAGUAAUGUUUUUUUCCGUGAAAAAUAUACUUUAAUUUAUAUAUGUUGUAUUUUGAAUCAACAUCGCCUCGUAGGGGUCUCAGUAGUUAUGGAUUCAGUGCUUGUAAGGAACAAGCCGUGAGAGUUAUUUCUGAUUCAAAAGUUCAUAAGCCAGGUAAGGAAAGGUAGAAGUGGUUCUCUGAGUGAAAUAUUAUUUUUACCUCUUUAGAAAAGAUUGUUUAAUAACUUCCCUUUUGUUUUGUUGGUGUUCAAUUGUGUCCAUAUUUCAAGAGCAUUAACAUUGUAAUAGUUUUUAAUACAGACUAAACUCCAUCUGCAAUUACCUCUAGUAAGUGACCCCCUCCCAUAAGGCGACCACCGAUCCAAAACACAGAAAAUUUUCCCCAAAGCCCUUAAUAAUAUAAGAACCUCUCAUAAAGAACAUGUCUCAUAUAAGCACUUGCAAAAACUUUUUGGCUCGAUGGUUUUAUAGUUUUCCAUUGUUUUUAACCUCUUGAAAGCAACCACUUUUUUGACGGGUCAUUAAGUCCGGUCUCUUUGUUUGCUGUAUGUACUACACCACUUGGACAUUAUAAAGAAAUUCAGUGUCAACAUGGAACUACACCAAAUGUAAUGAUUGACCUGCACCCAUCCAAACUUCUUAUUUCAUUGGUCCCUGUAACCUACACUACCGAUUGUUUUCAGGGAUAGGGGCAUUGUUAUGUCACCAUCCCUAAUGUUUUCCCAGCCAAUCACAAACCUUGUUUUAAAUUGGUGCAGGUCAGCCCAUAUGUAACUUAGAAAUUGCAUUCAAUAAACUCUCUGCCAAAAAGUAGGCGUGUCUAGACCUCUUCUCAGAAGUGAUCCCCUGGGUUAAAUCAUUGCACUUCGGGUGGUUACUUAAUACAAAAUGUUCAACACUAUAGCAUAAGACAGUAAUGGUAACAGGACUGAGUGGAGUCCAAUUCGGUCUGUAAUCAUACGAGUGAUUAACAAAAUUGGACGACCGCGUAGCGGGAGUCCGAUUUGUUUAAUCACGAGUAUGAUUACAGACCGAAUUAAACGACAAGAAGUUCUGUUAUUGGUAACAGAACUUCUUGUCGUUUAAUUCGGUCUGUAAUCAUACUCGUGAUUAAACAAAUCGGACUCCCGCUACGCGGUCGUCCAAUUUUGUUAAUCAUAACUUUAACAAAAUUUGUGAUAUAAUAAGCUAUUUUUUAAAUCAAAACACAAGAAAUUCAAAAUUUUGUUUUGCUAGCAGUGAGAAAAAAGCCAUUUAAGUGCGCGCGUGAUGGCGCGUACUGUCCAAUUACUUAGGCAUGACAUGUGCUGUCCUAUCAAACUGUCCAAUUAAGGCUGAAAUCAGGGCAGUUGAUAGCCAAUCAUAUUUGACAAUUUUGUUAUAGUUAUGAUUAAGGUGUAAAUGUUGUCAUUUAAGGAUGACAGAUUUUUUUUCCUGAUCCUUAUUAGUGGGUAUUCAGUCAAUUGAGAUGUACGCCUUCUCAUAUUUUUCUGACAGAGCUGUAGAUAUGGGAUUAAUAGGUAAGACCUAUUCUGUAGUUAUAGUGAAUAUCCAUACUUCCCUCCCCCACCCCCUACUAGAAAAAGGAGUAGAAAAUCCAGGGGGAGUAGGCUCCCAAUUUAAGAGCAAUCCAAAUUGGAAUUUCCACAGGUGAGGGCAUCAUAGAACAAUAAAUAAUAAUUGAGGGGCUCAGUGCAAGAAAGUCCUCCGAGUUUUUUGGUGAUUUUUGAAAGUGCUUCAAAAGUGCUGAAUUUUGGCACGUCACUGUUAUUUUAGUACUCAGGCAAUGUUGGGAACCUUCUCUUGCUAGUUUGAGCUGAAGUUUGCCAAAAAAUUGUUCUUUCCAAGCAGCAUUCUUUGCGAUUGUUAUUUUCUUCCAUAGGGGGUUUCUGGAAAUAUUCAUGUAAACAUUUAAUAUACAACAAUACCGUUCAUUCAUUUGAACCCUAAUAUUAAUAGCAUAGGUUGUUUUAACACCCUCCCCCCUUAAACUAAACAUAGAUGUAAAUAAAUAUAUACAAGCUUUUGCGUGAAAACAUGAUAUCUUCACAUGUGAAAAUAACAUGUUAUCUUCACUCGUGAAAUAUCACUUGCGCUGUGGCUACAUAAUAAAUCCCACCUUUCACAAGAAAAAGCUAUUAAUAAAAGUGAAAUGGUUUGGUAUUUCAUUGGUGUUUAUAUAAUAAAUAAAACAUUACAUGGCUGCUUGGAAAUAUGAAAUUUCUCUUCUCGUGUUGAAAACAUGAGAGAGCACAGCAAACAAGUGAAAUAUUUUUCAACACGAGAAGAGAAAUUUUGUAUCUCUGUGCGGUCAUGUAAUAUCCUCUAUGUAUGUUAUGUUAUGUUGUUCUGUUACGAAACAAGAAGCUUUUGGUUUCAGAUAAAGAAAAAGGUGGUACCAUAACUGUAGGAGAUUUUAUAAAUGGAGCAACAAAAGGUAUAGGUUUAAUUUUAUAUUAUGUUAAGAAAGUAAUUUGCUUUACUUUUUAACAUUUUGAUUUUUCUGAUGUCAAGCCUGCACUGGGAUACUGGGUUCUUUGUCAACGGUUGUACCACAAGAUUUUAUGCUCAAACACAGGAGGUCUAAAAAAUGUAAUCCUCACAUCUCCAUUAACCAGUUCAGAAACAAGAGGGAAACCUGGGCUGAGUUAACCUUUGCAAAGACACCUGCGACUGUUACUGGGGACAGGGAAAAUAUUGGCCAAUAGCUGCCCGGCACCUCGGCCCCUAGUAACGAUGCCAGAAGUCUUUGUGAAACCCAACUCUGCCUAGCAGUGAUUUUGUUACAAAUAAUUAUGGUGAGUCCUGGGACUUAUCUUGUGAAAAAUCAUGAGUCCAGUCAAGAGCCAUUAAGUCCCUGUUCAAAACACAGUGAGUCCCUGGGUCUUUUGUAACCACACAGUUAAUCUGAAGACAGACUCCAAAACUCUUUAUCACAGUUUACUGAAAAAAAGUAUACUCUUUCUAUCGUAAAGCACAUUACAAAGACUAACACAAAUAAGCAUCAUUUAACAACAGCCACAGUAUCAGCCACAGAAAUCACACGAACAGGAUAUUCAACAAUUAGUAAAAUCCAACUAGUGGUCCAUUAUCAAUGCUGCAUUCUGAUUGGUUGACCCACUACUAGGCUAUAUGUUAUAGCCAACUAGUAGCAAAAAGUGCUGGCUUUUUGGCAGCAAAAAAGGAUUAAAGUCUAGCUUUAACUAGCUAAAGUUGUUUUGUCUCGAUAUUUUUGACCAACUAGUCGGAUUUUACUAAAACAAUUAUUCCUCUCACCCCAUGGCCUCUGACUCAAUAACCCAUUCGCCCUUCGGCCUGGUGUGGUUAUUGACUCAGAGCCCAUUCGGGCUCGAGGAAUAAUUGUUAAAAAUCAUCUACAGAUCGAUCAAUCGAUCUUUGCGUCCUACGGGACGUAUAACACAAAUUAUUUUGCAUUUUUGGGGAUUUUUAUGCGUCAGGAACACAUAGUUUCCUGCUCAUUUCUAACGUGGUGAAUAAUCCAUCUUAGGAGUAAAAAGGUUAUGGGUAAAUGUUAAGACUUCAUCUAAAUGUGGGUUCUUACAUUGUUUUAACAGUUUGUUCCAAGAAAGAUGAUUCUUUACCUUAUCUCUGCCUGGAUGCAACUUAUAUAGCUGUUUUACUUAAAGAAGGGUAUGGCUUCACGGAGGACAGAAAACUUACAGUAAGCGUCCAGAAUUCAUUUAUUCAUUUACCAAUAUUUAUAAAGAAUUUGCCCCGUUAGCAGAGCUGAUAUGUACAGGGUUUGUUAGCUGAUAUGAAAUUUGACUUCAAGGGUUGUACCACUACCACUAUAACACCAUGAUAACUUUAUUCACUACCAUCACCUAUGUCACAUUUACUAUUACUACCACCGUGAGCAUCACAACGACCUUCACAACCACAUUGAUCAUGUCCUUCACUACCACUAACACAUUAAAAACCUGUUCACUACUACCACAAUCACUACCUUCAUUAACACCACUACCACUGUCACUACCACCACCACUUCCUUCACUAAUGCCACAAUUGUCACUACCAUCACCUUCACUACCUCCACCCAUCACCAUCACUACUGGCACUACCACCACAACCACCUCCACUACCACCAUCUUGAACACCAACACCACCUUUACUACUACCACCACCCCCACCACUUUCACUACUGCCAUCACCACUGUCACUACCACCUCCAUCACCACCUUCACCACCAUCAGCACCAUCACCAUCACCACUGUCACUACUACCUCCAUCACCACCUUCACCACCACCAGCACCAUCACCAUCAUCACUGUCACUACCACCACCUCCUCCACCACCUCCACCACCACUACCUUCACUACCACCACCACCACCACCACCUCCACCACCACCAGCACCAUCACCAUCAUCACUGUCACUACCACCACCACCUUCACCACCACCAUCACCAUCACUACUGUCACUACCACCAACACGACCUCCACUACCCCACCACCUUUUACUACCACCAUCACCAUCACCUUUUCCACCACUACCACCACCACCACCACCUUCACUAUUGCCAUCGCCAUCACCACUGCCACUACCACCACCACCACUACCACCACCACCACCACCACCACCUUCACUAUCACCAUCACUAUCACCACUGUCACUACCACCACCACCACCACUACCUUUACUACCACCAUCACCACUGCCUUCAUUACCACUACCAGCAUAUCACCCCCAUCACCACCACUUUCAGUACAACCAAGACCACUGCCUUUAAUACCUCCACAACUGUCACUACCAACACUGCCACAUUCACUACCACCACCACCGACACCUUCAUGACUACUACCACUAACACUAUCUUCACCUCCACUAUCAUUUCUUUCACUGCCCCUUUUUACCACUACUGCUAACUCCUUCACUUCCACCACCAUCAACUCCAUCACUUCCAAAAAUACUAUCACCAGUACCACCAUCUUCACUGCUGCCUCUACCACCAGCACCACCUUCACUGCCAAUGUCAUCAUAGAGGAUUGCGUGAGGAAAUUUUUAAUUUUUGCCAUUUAGUUUUUUCUCCACUGUGUUUAUACAUGCGCAAGCAGAUAGUUGAGGUUGUUUUGUUUUUAUUGCAGCUUCGAAUGAAAAUAAAUGAUGUUGAAAUCAGCUGGGCGUUAGGUGCAACACUUGACCUGUUUGAAAAGAUGACGUAACACUCGCAUAGCACUGGAGAGGAUCAGUUCCAAGCCGAUGUGGUGAAAUAACUUACACCGCAAUGGAAAAUAUCUUGUUUCUUUUAAUGGAGAAACUUACUUAUGCAAAACUCCAGUGAGUGGAUUUUAAUGACAUCUGUACAUGGUGGCCAUGUUGAAGGAGUAAACAACAACACUAAAAUAAAUUAUUUGCAUGAAAAUAAAACUUUUUUCCAAUGGGGAAUUGUUUUAUUGUUUUGCUCCUCCAACAAGGCUGUUGUAUACAUAAGCUAUCAGAUAGCUGUAAAACAGGAGUUUGUGUAUAAACCCUGAAGAGAGAGAAUUUGAUAUUAUUAUCUUUCAUUGAUGCUAGGAGUGAUACUAUACUACCAUGUCCUUAAAGGUCAACAGGGUGAUUUUUUAAAGGUUUUUUCUAUGAUUGUAGGUACUCUUUUUAAGUGCCUUAGACCAUCCCAAUAAAAUGUUCCAUUUCCCGUCGCCCGACCGACCCAUUUUUUUCGAAAAGUAAAAAAAAAAUUCCAGAUUCACUAGUCAAAGAAGCAAGUACUUUAAUUUACAAGCACACGAUCUUGUUUCAUUAACAACAAUUGGUAUGAUGUGAUGUCCUUGUCUUUAAUUAACAUCAACCUCCGUUCUUUUAAAUGCUGGUUAGACAUUUGAUGGUCGUAAAGGCCACGUUUUCGAGUUGACUUAACCAGGCUUUCUUACUUAGAAGCCCAGCUUUCUCUGGAACCCAGACCCCUUCAAGUAUUCAUUCAUUUUAUUUUUUUGCCUGACGGAGCGACCCACCAUCACAAGAGGCAGGGUGAUGGGAAAUGAAACAUUUAAUUGGGAUGGCCUUAUUAACUGUGUGUAAUAACAAUGGUAAAGGAGAUUAUUUGUCUUAAUAUCAUAUUCUUUCCUAUAAAUAAAAUUGUAUAACACAGUCUUCUAUGUUCUCUACUUAAUCUGUUUACAACAUUGCUAAUUGAUACACCUUAUCCUUCUUUUUUUAUAUACAAGUGAUCUUCUUCUUUUUGCAUGAAAUGUGUGAAUCUUCAUACCAAUACCAUCCACCUUCUAUAUUCCAAUUCAUCAAUAAUUACCUGCAAAUAUUUUGCAAUUUUUUUCAUUGUUUGUUUUGGGCAAAAUAGACCUAAAAAAAUUGUUUAGAGUUGUCUAGGAUAGAAAAGAAGCCUUUGUAUACUAUAAAAAUAUCGAUUUUAUAAAGUCGCC